GAGAGAGAGAGAGGAGGGGGGGAUCAUACAGAGAGGAAAUCUUACAGCGAAUCUAUUUCAUUUUCGUUAACUUUUUAACGCACUUCUUUUCAUAAUUACGAAUUUCCGAACUCUUAAGCAGGGACUUCCCAGGAGAGCGUGAACACAUAAAUCAGCUUUCAGCGCGCAGCUCUUACUAUCUUCCUCAACGACAAGGUAUGCAACGGGUUAAGGAGCGGGGCUUCAGAGUCCUCCUCUCUUGUUCGCCACGAUGAACAAAUGAACUCUUGGGGAAUGAAAUUUAAAUUCCAUAAAGGAGAAAAAGUUCUCUGUUUUGAACCUGACCCAUCCAAGGCCAAAGUGCUCUACGAUGCAAAGGUUGUUGACAUCGCAACAGUAAAAGAUGAGACGGGGAAAAGGGUCCCAAAGUAUCUGAUUCAUUUCAAUGGUUGGAACAGAAGUUGGGAUCGCUGGGCUGCAGAGGAUCAUGUGCUCAGAGAUUCUGAUAAUAAUCGCAAAUUACAACGUAAACUGGCACGCAAAGCUUUAGCUCGCAUGAGGAAAAAGGGAUGGAAGAAACGACGCUGUCGUCUGCCAGGUGUUAACCCAAUCUUGAAGUCCCUCACUGAAGAGGAAAAGGAGAAGAGUGAUGAUGCAUCUUUGAUCUCGCCAUCUGAUGAUAGUGACGAAGACAUUUCAGACCAGGAGUCCUUAAAAAGUGAAAGUGCCUCAUCGGAAGAAAUGAACAGUAUGAGGGAAGAGCAGGAGCCGCAGACCAAAAGGGAGAGUGAAGACAAGAGCAUCACUGUAAACAUUGACAUCCCUGAUGUUCUCAAGAAGAAGCUGGAGGAUGACUGUUACUAUAUCAACAAAAGAAAGAAGCUGGUGAAGCUUCCAUGCCUGAUGAAUAUAGUAAACAUUCUGGAGUCCUAUGUGAAGCACUUCACCCUAAAUGCAGCUUUCUCAGCUAAUGAGCGCUGUCGGCACCCUCAGAGCUCCACGCAGACUAAUAUGAGUCCACACUAUAUGCCACCUGAGAGGAAGACUGUGGCUGCAUCACCGGCAUCUUGCACAACAAGAAAGGCACGCGAGUGUCAUUCAGUUUUGAGUUCGCUGGAAAAUCACAAUGAGACUGUGAAUACACCACUCUCACCUUCACCUGCAUCUCGCACAGGAAGGGGACACAGCGAGGAGCUCUGUAAAGAAAUGGUGGAUGGUUUGAGGAUAACAUUUGACUUUACCCUUCCACUAAUCCUACUGUACCCAAGCGAACAAGCUCAGUUCAAAAAAGUCAGCUCCUCCAAGUUCUUCCAGCCAAUCAUUGACAGCGCAACCUGCACCAGUAGAUCUUCAGUAGCUGAUGCAAAUGCUUUGAGAUGUCACUUCAAUCAUGCGUCAUGGACUUUCAGAGAACGUUCCCCCAGUCCUGGCCAGAAUCCCUCUACUCCCCAGUCCACAGACAGCCAACCAGCUCUGAGUGAAUCCUCCAGUGUCCCUGUCAUCAUGGCAACCCCACCUAAGCGCAGACGCUGUGCCUACCUGGAUUCCGAUUCCACCCAAUCUUUGCGUCGCUCAACACGCAAUACAUCUGGAGGGGAUCGAGCAGCAGAGCCUGGGGGUGGUGGCAGCAGCAAUGCUUCUCCUCAACCAAAGCGAAGGCCUGCUGAGGUGCAGGCACCACAACCCAAGUUCUUCCUCAACCUAGAGAAGAAGACUCCUGUUCACAGUGGCUCCUCCUCUCCUUUGCCCUUGACACCCAGCAGGGAUUGCACUGGAGGGCUUUUCUCAGGGCUGGAAACCCAGAGGAACUACGAACUAAAUGAGCUGGGAUGUUCCCGUGACAAUCGGAGCGCACUCACCACCGAUGACCCCGGAGCGCACUCACCACCAACUGGACAGGUUCUGAGCUGGAGACUGACACCAGAUAACUACCCUCAGAGUGACCAGCUCCCCCCUCCUUCUUACCUCUAUGGCGCUCAGCACCUGCUUCGGCUAUUUGUUAAACUUCCAGAAAUCUUGAGGAAGAUGCACAUACCAGAAAAGAACCUGAGGGCACUAGUGAAACACUUCGAGCUUUUCCUCAGCUGGGUUCGUCAACCAUAACUCCUUCCAGGACGGCCAGGAACCUUGGAGUUGUGAUCGAUGAUCAGUUAAGCUUCACAGACCAUAUUGCUACAACGGCCCGUUCCUGCAGAUUCGCCUUAUACAACAUUAGGAAGAUUAGACCCUUCCUGUCUGAGCAUGCCGCACAACUCCUCGUCCAAGCUCUUGUUCUCUCCAGACUGGACUAUUGUAAUGCUCUCUUGGCGGGCCUUCCCACAUGUACUAUCAAGCCUCUGCAACUGAUCCAGAAUGCAGCAGCCAGAGUGGUCUAUAAUGAACCAAAGAAAGCUCACGUUACCCCUCUCUUCAUCACGUUACACUGGCUACCAAUAGCCGCUCGCAUCAGAUUCAAGGUACUGAUGUUUGCCUACAAGACAACAACUAGCACUGCAUCAAUAUAUCUAAACUCACUAGUUCAAACUUAUUGCACCCUCCAGAAGCUUGCGUUCUGCAAGUGAACGACGCCUUGUGGUGCCAUCACAAAGAGGUACCAAAUCCCUCUCACGGACCUUUUCCUGGACUGUGCCCAGCUGGUGGAAUGACCUCCCAAUCACAAUUCGAACAACUGAAUCUUUAUCCAUUUUCAAGAAACAUCUAAAGACGCAUCUUUUUCGCCAGCACCUGACCAACUAAUACUAACACUUGCCUAUUCUAUCUCUAAAAAAAAAAAAAAAAAAACCCUAGCUACGUGUACUGUGCUGGGCUAACUGAAACUUGUCAUGGCACUUGUAUACUGCUUCACUCUCGAUGGUCUCAUUGCUUCUAUUGUUCUCAUAUUGUACGUCGCUUUGGAUAAAAGCGUCUGCUAAAUGAUUAAAUGUAAAUGUAAAUGUAUCCCUCUGUGUUGUAUUUGUUUAUUUUUUCUGUUAGGAAGAUAACUGAGCCUUUAAAUCUCCUUUGUAAUAGAUAUGCUUAUAAAUCAAGAACAAGGCAUUUAUAGCUGUAUUUAUAAACUGCUUACUAAUGACACUUAAUGUUGGGACGAUGCUUUAUAAAGGAUGAACUGACUAUUUACUAAUGCUUACCUAAUGAUUCAUAUUGUGCAGUUAUUAUAAAGUGUUACCACAGUAACUUCACAUUGACAAAUGGCUAAACAAAGGCAGAGUACCGUAACUCAAUUUGAGCGUUCAAAAACAAAGUCAAAGAGCGGUAACUGAUGUUAUACAGUGUUCUGCCUUGGUUUCUCCUGGACUUUUCUAAGUUUCUGUUAAUACAACCAUUAUUUUCUCAAAAAAAAAAAAAUGAAUUUGAGUCAAGAUACUUAUCCACAUGAUAAAGGGGUCUUGAAUGUCCCAAAAAUAGCAAUAACUCAUUCUCCAGAAGUUACGGUCUUUUGCCUUUUCACGGUAGUAUUUUCCUCUUUUUAAUGCUGCUUUACAGCAGAAUUUAAUUUUGUUUGCAUUACUGAAACACUAUUUUCCUGUUUAACACUGUAAAUGUAACAGGGCUGAUGAGACGUGAGACGUGCGGAUCCAAAUGCAAGCUUUUAUUAACAGGCAUGGUCAUAAAUACAGGCAGGGUCGAGCAAUGGCAAACAGGUAUGGCAGGGACCAGACAAAGAGUAAUCCUAGGGCAAGCGAAGGUCGAUGAUCAGCAAACAGUAUCCAGUGGGCAAGGCAGAGAGAUAAUCCAGGGAACACGGGCUAGAAUCCAAUGGGGGGCAAACAGUGUCCAGACGGCAAGGCAAGGGUUAAUCCAGGGAACACGGGUAGAACAAACACGGGGAAAACACAAUCCAAACUAACAGGGGCUCUGUAGAGUUGCUACGGCUAGGGGAGCGGUAAACGCAUACAAUACUCGGCAGUGAGGGAAACAAAGUCCAGGGUUAUAUAAGGUGUGUGAUCAGUGUGUGCGUGGGAUCAGGUGUGCGUGUGAUUAGUGCAAUGAGUGAUUGGUGACAGCUGUGAUCAGUGUUGGAUGAUGGGAAUUGGAGUCCAGUGUUGUGUAUGGUGUGAGUCAAUGUGGUGAGCGAGUGACCUCUGGUGGUGAAUGAACGGAAGUGCACAGACUGGAUUCGUGACAGUAAAGCUGCUUUGACACAAUCUGUAUUGUAUGAAGUGCUAUAUUAAUAAAGGUGACUUGACUUCACAUGCAGAUUACAGUACACAGAUGCGGAUUACAUCCCUAGUCCUACCGAAUACCUAAACAUAACUAUCUUACUAACUAUUAAUAAGCAGCAAAUUAGAAUUGUAUUGAGGCAAAAGUCAUAGUUAAUGGUUUGUUAAUAGAAAGAAUUGGACCUUAAAAUAAAGUGUGACCCAGUACACAGCAUGCAAGCAUGUACAGUUAGGUCCAUAAAACAACUUAAAUAUGUUUUGGUCAGCAGCUAAAAUAAUAAAAAUUGUAAAAAAUUGUAUUAUUUUAGCUGCUGACCAAAACAUAUUUAAGUUGCAGUUAUAUAAUAAAUAUAGGCUUAAAGUGCUUUAAUUUGAGAGUAUUCACAUCAAAAUUGGAGGAAAGGAUAAGGAAUUACAGCUCUUUAAUAUGUACUUCCCCCUUUUUCAAGGGACCAUAAGUAAUUGGACAGUUGACUCAAAAGCUCUUUCAUGGACAUGCGUGGGCUAUUCAUUUGAUAUUUCUACAUCAACUAAACAGGUAAAAGUUCUGGAAUUGAUUCUAAGUGUGCCAUUUGCAUUUGGAAGCUGUUGCUGUGAACCCACAUAAUGCAGUCAAAGGAGCUCUCCAUGCAAGUGAAACAGGCUUCAAAAUCAAAACAUUUUGAGAAAAAAAGGACGCACUAGUGAGCUUAGCAACAUAAAAAGGCCUGGAUAGGCCAGAGGACAACAUUGGUGGAUGAUCGGAGGAUCCUCUCCAUGGUAAAGAAAGCCCUUUCACAAAAUCCAGCCAAUUGAAGAACACUCUCCAGGAGGCAGGAGUGUCGCUGUCAAGUCAAGUCACGUCACCUUCAUUUAUAUAGCGCUUUUAACAAUACAGAUUGUGUCAAAGCAGCUUUACAGUAUCAAAUAGGAAAAUAGUGUGUCAAUAAUGCAAAAGGACAAUAGUAAACACUCAAUUUUCAGUUAAAGGCAGUUCAUCAUUGAAUUCAGUGAUGCCAUCAUCCAGCUCAGUUCAGUUUAAAUAGUAUCUGUGCAAUCGAGUCAACGAUAUCGCUGGAAAUUAAGUGUCCCCAACUAAGCAAGCCAGAGGCGACAGCCGCAAGGAACCAAAACUCCAUCGGUGACAGAAUAGAGAAAAAAAAACCUUGGGAGAAACCAGGCUCAGUCAGGGUGCCAGUUCUCCUCCUAUUAUCAAAUGGCCAGAGUUUUGAGAAUGCAGCAGGUGUGGAGGACUAAGAUGCAAUAAGAGCGCGCUAAACCAUGCUAAACCAUUCAAAGUAAUUAAUAAGAUUUUAAAAUCUAUAUGAUGUUUAAUAGGGAACCAGUGCAGUGUUGACAGAACUGGGCUAAUAUGGUCAUACUUCCUGGUUCUAGUAAGAACUGUAGUUGCUGCAUUUUGGACCUGCUGGAGUUUGUUUAUUAAGCGUGCAGAACAACCACCCAAUAAAGCAUUACAAUAAUCUAACCUUGAGGUCAUGAACGCAUGAAUUAACGUUUCUGCAUUUGACAUUGAGAUCAUAGUUCGCAAUUUAGAUAUAUUUUUUGAGAUGAAAAAACGCAGUUUUACAGAUGCUAGAAACAUGGCUUUCAAAUGAAAGAUUGCUAUCAAACAGCACACCUAGGUUCCUAACUGAUGAUGAAGAAUUGACAGAGUAGCCAUCAAGUGUUAGAUAAUGUUCUAGGUUAUUACAUAUGGGGUUUUUAGGUCCGACAAUUAACACCUCUGUUUUUUCAGAAUUUAGCAGGAAGAAAUUACUCAACAUCCAGAAAUUGCCCCAGCCAUAUCACCUUGCAGCCCAAGACCGGUUGCCCACGAAGCUAAGCAGGGCUGAGCCUGGUCAGUACCUGGAUGGGAGACCUCCUGGGAAAACUAGGUUGCUGCUGGAAGAGGUGUUAGUGAGGCCAGCAGGGGGUGCUCACCCUGUCGUCUGUGUGAGUCCUAAUGCCCCAGUAUAGUGACGGGGACACUAUACUGUCAAAAAGCACCGUCUUUCGGAUGAGACGUUAAACCAAGGUCCUGACUCUCUGUGGUCAUUAAAAAUCCCAUGACACUUAUUGUAAAGAGUAGGGGUAUAACCCCGGUGUCCUGGCCAAAUUGCCUCCACUGGCCCCUGUCUAUUAUGGCCUCCUAAUAAUCCCCAUCCACUUGAUUGGCUCUAUGACUCUCUCUCCUCUCCACCUGUAGCUGGUGUGUGGUGAGCGCACUGGCGCCGUUGUCCUGUGGCUGCCGUCGCAUCAUCCAAGUGGAUGCUGCACACUGGUGGUGGUUGAGAAGAGACCCCCCCCCCAUAUGAUUGUAAAGCGCUUUGGGUGUACAGCAAUACACAAUAAAGCGCUAUAUAAAUGCAUCAUUCAUUCAUUCAUUCAUCCAGUCUUUUAUAUCGACUAUGCAUUCCGUUUUCUAAUUGGUAUGUUUCGCCAGGCCGCAAAGAAAUAUAGAGCUGAGUAUCAUCAGCAUAACAAUGAAAGCUAACACCUUGUUUCCUGAUGAUAUCUCCCGAGGGUAACAUGCAAAGCGUGAAAAGUAACUGCCCUAGUACUGAGCCUUGAGGUACUCCAUACUGCACUUGUGAUCGAUAUGAUACCUCUUCAUUCACUGCUACGGGUUGAUGGUGGUCAGAUAAGUACGAUUUGAACCAUGCCAAUGCACUUCCACUAAUGCCAACAAAGUUUUCUAGUCUAUUCAAAAGAAUAUUGUGGGCAAUAGUCUCAAACGCAGCACUAAAAUCCUGUCAAAGUCUACAAUCAAGAGAAGACUUCAUGAGAGCAAAUACAGAGGGUUCACCACAAGGUGCAAACAAGUAGAGCCCUACACGGGCCUCAAGUUUAGGCCCUAGCCCGGCCCUGGCCCGAGAUGCUCAGGCCCUAGCUGUGGCCCGGUCUGUGUCCGACAGCUUAUCGGAAUUACUGGCCCGAGUCUGACCCGAGCCCGUCUUUUUCCCCCCUUCUCCCAAAACAGCUUAUACUACCGUUUCGGCUAUUAAAAUAGUUCAGUUUUGUAUGUAAUGGCAAAAUUAUUAUAUUUGUUUAGUUUUUUUAUGAAGUUAAUUUAGAAAAACGUUUGGAGCAUUUUUGUUUGUUAAAUAUAAGUUUUUGUUUUUUAAAGUAACGACUAAGCGGCCAGCGGCAGACACUGAGCUGAUCAUAGCCAAUGUUUGAUCAAUUUAGCCUUCUCAAAUCAUCAGGACUUGCCUAAAAUAAAAUCUAUAGAUAUACUAAAAGAGUUCAAGCAUACAACAAUGUUUAAACGUUAAACCUGCGCUAUAAUAAUAAUGUGCACUAGCCUAUAUCACCAGGGCAAAAAAUUUAGUGUUUAAUCUUGUCAUUUUACAUUAUUGACACACUAUUUCCUAUUGUGAUAUUGGAAAGUUGCUUUGACACAAUCUGUAUUGUUAAAAGCGCUAUAUAAAUAAAGGUGACUUGACUUGACUCAACUUGACUUGACUGUAUAGGGGCUUCAACUAAGUAGUAAGUUAGGGGUAUGAAUAGGGCAAUGUACUUAUUUCACUUGCAUUUUUUUCAGUGGAAACAACUUAAAAUAGUCUACGCAGUAAUUUUUCUGAUAAAGGUAAGAGUAAUACAUCAUUCGGAACUGUAAAGGGUCUACUUUUAUUUGUGUGCACUCACAAUAUCAACAAAAUGUUGUGAUUUUAUAAAACAAAGAAAACAAACAUGAUGCGCUUUCUGCCAUCUCGUCUUGAACAGGUGCAAAAUGAACCGAAGCUGAGCGAAUACAUGCCUCACAGACAUGAUAAAUAUAUCUAUAGAAAGCUUUAAAUUACCACUUAACAAAAUAAAAAAAUCAAAAGCAAAAACUCUUUUAUUAUAACCAUAAUCCAUAAAGAUGCAUUUCUCUCUAAAGGCGCAUCUAAUGAGGAGACGGCGAGUCAGGAUCAGCAACUUCAUCCUUGCGAAACGGACUCAGAAAACACUAGUUCAUUAGUAAAUAAUUCAAAUAUCUCCUAUAUUUCCCCUGGACACAUUCAUGGUAAUUAUGUUUGCUGGGGCUUUGCGGCAAGCUUUAGCCUAUUGCGUGCAUUUGAACGCAGAACUCUUCAGCUGCGCUGAAGUCAGUUGCGCUUGCUGCUGCUGCUGGACACUAAACACUAAAAAAGCCAGACCACUCUUGGAAAAGCAUUCUUUGGACGGCUGAAAUUAAGAUCGACCUGUACCAGAAUGACGGGAAGAAAAAAGUAUGGAUAAGGGUUGGAACAGCUCAUGAUCCAAAGCAUACAACAGCAUCUGUGAAUCAUGGUGGAGCAGUGUAAUGGCAUGAGCAUGCAUGGCUUCCAGUGGCACUGGGUUACUGGUGUUUAUUGAUGACAUGACAGAAGACAGAAGCAGCUGGAAGAAUUCUGAAGUGUAUAGGGAUAUACUGUCUGCUCAGAUUCAGCCAAAUGCAGUCAAAAGUUGAUUGGACGGCGCUUCAUAGUACAAGUGGAAAUAACCCAAAAUAUACUGCAAAGGCAGUAUGGAGUUUUUGAAGGUAAAAAAGUGGAAUAUUCUGCAAUGGCCAAGUCACUCUCCUGAUUUCAGCCUGAUUGAGCAUGCAUUUCACUUGCUAAAAGCAAAACUAAAGGCAGAAAGACCCACAAACAGUAAAUAACUGAAGUCAGCUGCAGUAAAAGCCUGGCAAAGGAUCACAAAAGAGGAAACCCAAUUUUUGGUAAUAAUCCAUGAGUUCCAGACCUAAGGCAGUCUCAACAAAAUAUUAAAAAUGAAUAUUUAUUUAUGAUUAUAUUUAUUUGUCCAAUUACAUUUGAGCCCCUGAAAAUGGGGGGGCUAUGUAUAAAAAUGGUUGUAAUUCAGUUCAAGGAUGUGUUAAAUUGAUAAAAAGGUGGUAGUAAAGAUAUUGUUCUUAUAUUGUAAAUGACUCAGCCUGUGAGAAACAACUGCAACUCAGUUCCAAGCAUCAUGAAUGGAGGAAACCAGGUACUGCUCAUCACCAGUCAAGUCAAGUCACCUUUAUUUAUAUAGCGCUUUUAACAAUACAGAUUGUGUCAAAGCACUUAACAGUAUCAAAUUGAAAGAUAGAGUGUCAGAAAUGUAUAAUGGUAAGAUUAAACACUCAAUUUUCAGUUAAAGGCAUUUCAUUAUUGAAUUCAGAGAUGUCAUUGUCUAGCUCAGUUUAGUUUAAAUAGUAUCUGUGCAAUCAAAUCGGCGAUAAUCGCUAGAAAUUAAGUGUCCCCAACUGAGCAAGCCAGAGGCGACAGCGGCAAGGAACCAAAAACUCCCUCUGUAACAGAAUGGAGAAAAAAAAACCUUGGGAGAAACCAGGCUCAGUCGGGGGGCCAGUUCUCCUCUGACCAGACGAAACCCGCAGUUCAAAAGUUUAUAUUUCUAUUUUUAUUUUGUUGCAAUUUCUAACAAUAAUAGUAUUAUGUAGUUAGGUAUUUUAUUAUAUUUUUAGUUAUUUUGUUAUAUUUUUAGUUUUAUUGUAUUUUAAUCGAGGCCUUCACUGGGGAUAUGUCUCUGGGGCUCAUCUGGGUGUCCUGGCCUCCGCCGAUGAUCAGGGCUGCAGACAUAAUCUCUUGGUGCUGAUCCACCAUCUGAUUGGAUACGGACUGAGAAACAGAAUAGGAAAGAAACAGACAAAUAUUAGCGUAGAUGCCAUUCUACUUAUGAUGUAACGAGUACAUCGUGUGUUAUGGGGAGUGUUCCCGGUUCCGGUUGAUCUAAUUAAUGCAGCCUAACAUUCCUUUAACGGAUUUGAAUAAUAGAAGCGUAUUAGUGUGUUAUGUGUAAGCCAGGCUAAAGAGAUGGGUCUUUAUUAAUCUAGAUUUAAACUGACAGAGUGUGUCUGCCUCCCGAACAGUGUUAGGUAGAUUGUUCCAGAGUUUGGGUGCUAAAUAGGAAAAGGAUCUGCCGCCCGCAGUCGAUUUUGAUAUUCUAGGUAUUAUCAAACGGAGACAAAAGGAUAAAAUCCUGGGAACGAAGAUUGUAAGUCCCGAUAUUAAUUACACUGAUGUAGGUCAGAAGAUAGGAUGGAAGUAGACCUAAGAUAGUGUAAUGUAAGGUUUUAUCCUUCAUUUAUAAAUUUUAGCUUUAGGGAACCAAAUCGUAGAAAUUCGGUUUUGAUCUGAUUAAUUGAUAUUAAUCAAAAUUGUAUAAUUUACACCUUAUUAACGACUCGACCAGCGAGUAUUAAUACAGUAUAUUUUAGUAUUUCGGCUUAUUGUUGAUAAUAAUACAGAAUUGAUUGGGAAAUUUGUUUGAGCAACAGGUAACACGAUCUAUGGCAAAUAAUUUAAGAUUUGAAAAUCACGGCACCAGACUAUUCAUUAAAAAUGAAUCGAGAGUUUAUUUACUAUUCUAGGAUACACUACAAAAACAGAACACAUACACACACAUACACACAUUACGGCAAGAUAAAAGCAGUUUGAUGAAAGUUAAGCUAUUCUCUUUUCCUGAGAAAGACGACCUUGGGACGUCACAAACAGAAGACUCGGUUAUCGUUAUCUUUUAAAGAUUCAUUCAAUUCAACUCAGCGAAUUAGAGAUUUGUUUGUUUUACUUGCUUUGAGUUGUUGAAGGCUGUUCUUCUUGAGGAGGGUUACUGGAGGGAAGCCCCGGACUUUCCUGCUGACGUGUUGUUAUCGUGUGACGUCACUCGGGAUUCCUCCUUUUGGAUUUGAUGGCUUCCUGGCAGCGCGUGAAUGGCAAGUUUGAAGUUCUUACGCGGCGGCUUUGCAAGUUUUCUUUGGUCAGACAUGGACAGGGUGUUGAAGUCUUUUGAGAUGAUCAGCCAGAUGUUUCGCAGCGCGAUCAGGGGGCAACGCCCAAACUUUCAGCCAAGUUUCCUUGCAGUUUCACCAGUUGUUCCCAGUUGUUCAACCCACCGCUUUGCAAAGUUGGGUGUCUGUUUUUAUCGGACAGAGGUGAGUCCAUCCUAUCCACUGUCUGAUCCAAUCACAUUGUCUCUGUAGGGCGGAGCCCCGCCCAGCACGACUUCUUUUUCGUGCAUACAUUAUCUGCUAAUAAAUGUGUCACUUGGAGGAAAUAUCCUAGCAGAUUUCUAUAAAGUGUUAUAAUCAUACCUUAUGAUGCUAAAAGUCAACAUUCAUCCUUUUCACCUUAUUGUAAUCAAAAUAACGUUUAAUCCAAGUCUGGUCAACAUAUAUCUGUCUUUCCUUGUUGAUACCAUCAUUGAAUUAUGGUCAAAAGCAGUCAGGGGACUCAGGGAGGGUCUGUGCUGGAGCAUGUCCAGAUUCCCCGUACUUUGUACUGUCCGUUUAUUCGACUUUAUUUAUGGUAACCUGGUCAGGAACAACAUUGAAGAUUCUGUUCUUCAAAGGAUGGCCAGAUGUUCUCCUCCCAGCUUCAUGAGAUGAUAAGGAGAACAGGCAGGAAGCUUAGUCAGAUACCUUGGGCGUUUUGUUGGUCAUUUGUAACUUUUACGACUAUUACGAUGGAGGGAGGAACUCAGGAAUGUUCUGUUAAGAUUAUGCGUGUGCGUUCUUUUCGACCAGGUUCUACAAUAGCCUUAUAUAUAAAAAUAUACCAGUGUUGAAGUCUCCGCGUUGCAAGAGAAGGCCGUCCAACACGUUCAUACAGUUCACAGUGGUGAGUGAGGACUUUAAAACCAGUGAUGAACCUCAGAGCUCCAUGGUAUACAGUGUCCAGUGCAUGCAAACUUUGAGACGAAGCAUGCAUGUAUAAGACAUCACCAUAGUCAAUUAUAGACAUAAAAGUAGCUUCAACCAGCCUUUUUCUAGAUUCAAACGAAAGGCAGGAUUUGAUUCUGAAAUAAAACCCUAGUUUAAGUUUUAAUCUUUUUGCUAGCUGCUGAAUAUGAAAAGUAAAAGAAAGAGAUUCAUCUAUUAAAAUACCAAGAUAUCUGUAUUUAGAAACACAUUCAAUCUUCAUACCCUGGGAAGUGAGGAUUGAAGGCAGAUUUAAUUUGGAUUUCGAAUUUGAAAAAAGCAUAACUUUUUUGUUUUUUCAGGAUUUAAAACAAGUUUUAAAUCAUAAAGAUUCUGUUGAAGCGUGUUAAAAUCAAGUUGUAAUUGUGAGAGGGCCUGGUCUGCAGUGGGUGCUGAGCAAUACAGUACAGUGUCAUCUGCAUAAAAAUGAAAUUUUCCUUUAUACACGUUACUAUCAAUAUUAUUUAUAUAUAGGAUAAAAAGCAAUGGCCCCAAGACUGACCCCUGAGGCACGCCUUUUGUUAUUUUGAGAUAGCGAGAGGUGUUUCCCUCCAUCUGCACACAGAAAGUCCAGCCCUAUAGAGUCUGUGCUUAAGCACUGUGUGGUCCACUGUAUCAAAUGCCUUAGAAAGGUCAAUAAAAAGGGCUGCACAAUGCUGCUUGUUGUCUAUAGUUUCAAUAAAGUCAUUUAAAACCUUAAGAGCUGCCGAUGUUGUACUAUGCCUUUUUCUAAAACCAGAUUGGAAGUCAGAUAAAACAUUAUUACUGUUAAAAAAAUCCUUUAAUUGAUCACUGACAAGGGACUCUACAACGUUGACCGGAACAGACAAUUUAGAGAUCGGUCUGUAGUUAUUUCAGAUAGAAGGGUCACCACCUUUUAACAGGGGAACCACAAAGGCUGAUUUCCAGAUGGAAGGAAUGACAUUUGUGUUUAAGCACAGAUUAAAAAUAUUACUUAAAGGCAUGGCAAUAAAAUUUACUGCUAGCUUUAAAAAGUAGGGAUCCAGUUUAUCAGGGCCUGCAGAUUUUGUCGUGUCCAAGUGCUUGAGGGCUUUAUUUACAUCUGAAACUGUAAUAGGACUGAAACUAAAAGACUGACUAGAAGGAUCCGAACCAACAAUCUCCACUGUAGAAGAACACUCAUAUUGAGUAUUAAGUGACUCAAAUAAAAAUCCUGAGGCUGUGAAAUGUUCAUUGAAAGAAUCAAGUAUUUUGGUCUUAUCAAUAAGUUUUUGAGAGUCUAUCACAAUGCUUGAAGGAAGCUCCUGGUCUUUACUACUUUCUGAUAAUGAUUUGAUAGUUUUCCAAAAUUUUGAUGGAUUAUUCAGGUUAUGAGUGGUUUGAGAAAGAAAAUAAUCAGCUUUGGCUUUUCUAAUUUUUAGAGUACAUGCAUUACGCAAUUGCCUGAAAACCAGCCAGUCAGAGCUCUGAUUUGAUUUUCUGGCUUUUGCCCACGCCACGUUGCGCUCAUGGAGAAUAUUUGCUAAAUCAGGAGAAAACCAAGCAUUAUUUCGGCCUUUAAUUCUGUACUUCUUUAGUGGAGCAUACUUAUUAAUUAUAUUGGUAAACCCCUCAUAAAAGAGGUUCCAGGCACUAUCAACAUCUGUACUAAUAUAAAUUUUUUCCCAGUCAUAAUUAGAUAAAUCGUGAAGGAAUUCUUGUUCUGAGAAGUGCUUCAUAUUACGUUUAACUAUAAUGCGUGGUUUGGUUUUAGGUAUUUUAGUAUUUCGAACUGUUGCUACGACACAGUGAUCACUAAUGUCAUUUGUAAAUAUAGAAGCAGUUGAAUACUUAUAAGGGACGUUAGUUAGAAUCACAUCUAUCAGCGAUGAUUUUUCCAGGCCGUGUGGGACUGUCAACAAUCUGAAAAAGAUUUAAUGAAUCACAAUAAGCUCUAAAAUCAUAAGAUACUGGUUGUAACCAGUUCCAAUUAAGAUAUCCGAAGGCUACUAAUUCCUUAGAGUUAAAAUCAGAAAGGAGUUGCAUUAAGGAAGACAGAGCACCGCUAACAGCUGAAGGUGUCCUAUAACAACCAAUGACUGUUAUACAAAGUGAUUUAGAGACUUUGAGCUCCAAAGCUAAAAACUCAAACUUUUUAACUAACGAUAUUGAUAGCAGUACAUUAACUUGAUACUGGUUUUUGAUGUAGAUUGCUACACCCCCACCUCUAUUAGGGCGGUCAGUCCUAAAAACAUUAUUACCACUUAUAUUGAUUUCUUUAUCUGAAACCUAUUUACUUAACCAGGUUUCAGACAAGACAAUUACAUCAGUGUCUGUAGAGUGAGCCCAGAUACGCAACGUGUCCAUUUUAGGAACAAGACUGCGUACAUUCAAAUGAAAAAAAACCAAGACCAGACCUUUCUUUAAAAUCUGCCGGGGUGUUAAAACCUAUGGGGGUGUCUGGGCCUGGGUUUGGCUGCACAUUUCCUGACAUCAACAAUAAUAAAGCAAUUAAACAUUUUAGCUUAAGUGAUUUCUUGUACAAUUCAUUGUUUCUCCGACCAAAAUUGGAGUCUAGGGGCACACAAGAAAUAGUGGAAAAGUUGUCAUAUAACAUCAUGACACUAGACUGACAGACCAAGUCAACAGUGUCAGAGGGAAAAAAUAGGGGCAGAGGGAAUGAUGCGACAUUAAAUAAGCAGCCAUAUGCACACGUGCCUUUAUAUAAUUCAUACGGUAUUGGGAGCACUGGACAGGAAUAGCCAUUCCGGUAGUAGGUGCCCCCAAAAAUAAAUAAGGACAAAGAAAAAGUAAAACAAAGAAAGGCAAGGAGCAACCACUUCUUUCUCUCCAUGCCCGUCGCAACACCCAAACGUGGAAAGACGUUUGAGGAGAAAAGAAAUAAAUAAAUAAAAAAUAAAAAAAUCCUAUACGGAUUAUCCGUUUCUCCGCGGCAAUCAAUGAUGUUGCGUGUUGUCACUUGUAAACAGGAAGCCCGGCGAGUGAAGCAAUGCUGCGAGUAAAAAAAAGUUCAAAUCAAGGCCAGCCGCCUUUAGAGCAUCAGUCUACAUCUUAAAACCAGCAGUAAGAACGAGGAAAAAAAGAGAUCUUGCAUUUUAAUUAUAUUUAUAAAAAAAAAAAAAAAUGUUCAGGAUUUUGAUUGAAUUUGUAAUAUUUGGAAAGUAAACCACAAUGAGA